UUUAUUGGUCAAAGGUUUCAGCAGGGAUGGUGGCCCUCACACACAAACGCGAAAGGCCAUCCAGUGAAGGCUCGUCUGUGUUACUAUAAAAGGGGAUGAACCGCCCGAUAGCUGCUCAUAGUGACCGGAAGAACAUCAGAUUGUGGAUCUGCUCGCGAACAGUAGCGUCAGUUAUUGUUUACAGAGUACACGUCGUGAAGUUUCGUGUCAGUAUGCAACCAAAUAGCAUGGUAGGAGUGGCGACAGUGGCCUUACUAAUCGUCCCGUUCUGUCAAAUUGUAGUCUCACAGUUCCACCAGUGCACUGGCGGAGAGACCUGCAUCAACAUCAACGAGUGUCCACGGUUCGGUCCACACUACCACGAGCCCGCCAAAUGGACCGAGGAGUUAUUGAAUGAAUUCCGGUCGAAGGUGUGCAAGCGUGAGCAGAGCAACGGCAGGAAUCUAUACAAGGUAUGCUGCAAGCGGGCAGCCACAGGCAACAAGAACAACCGUGAGCGCGGACUAGCCACGCUCGAUCUGGAGGGAUGCGGCGCGUAUUCUGCCGACCGGAUGGCGUACGGUCAGGAGGCUAGGCUGUUCCAGUUUCCCUGGAUGGCGCUGCUAAUGCUCAACUCGGUUAAAUUUGUCUGUGGCGGUACGCUGAUCAAUAGGCGCUACGUACUGACCGCUGCCCACUGUCUCAAGAACACACAUGUCACCACGGUACGGUUGGGCGAGUUCGAUAUAAGCACACCGAUCGAUUAUGACAAGCGGGGGGAUCAGCAUGCCCCGCCGCCCCAGGACAUUGCCAUUGAGCAGACAAUCGUGCACGAAGCGUACAGUACGCGGCUAAAGGUGAACGACAUUGGGUUGAUACGGAUGGCCGAGGAAGCAGCCUACAAUGACAAUGUGUCGCCGAUCUGUCUGCCCGUGUCGCCGGCAAUGCGCACCACGCAGACGACCUACUUCGUGGCCGGGUGGGGCGCGACGGAGUCGGCCUUCUACUCGAACCGUCUGCUGUUUGGUAAGGUCGCCCUGCUGACUAAUGAUCAGUGUGCGCAGCAGCUGCUACGAGUGGAUUCGUACACCAAGAUCAACAACGAUCAGAUGUGUGCGAUCGGGGCCAAUCUGACCGACAACUGUACCGGCGAUUCGGGUGGCCCGCUCAAAACGAUCAGUAUAAACGCACGCUAUGUACAGUACGGUGUUGUGUCGUUAGGGCUGCGCACUUGCGGCAAGCAGAGUGCACCGGGCGUGUACACGCGGGUCGAGAACUAUAUCGAUUGGAUACUGGAGCAUCUGGAAGAGUGAGAUAGUGAAAAAAAGAGGCUCACAGAUAGGCUCGCGUUGAUUCAGAUUCGAAGGGGCUCAUGGCCACCAUUGCGCCAGUGUGCGAUAUAUGCGUGCAAUAUUAUGUAUUCAAUUAUCUUUGCCAACAUAGUUUAGUUAAGUUAAUAGUUUCUUCUUCUUCUUCUUUUGGCUCAACAACCGAUGUCGGUCAAGGCCUGCCUGUACCCACUUGUGGGCUUGGCUUUCAGUGACUAAUUGAUUCCCCCCCCCCCCCCCCCCCUAGCAGGAUAGUCAGUCCUACGUAUGGCGGCGCGGUCUAUUUGGGGAUUGAACCCAUGACGGGCAUGUUGUUAAGUCGUACGAGUUGACGACUGUACUACGAGACCGGCUCAGGUUUAUAGUUUAGUACGAAAUAAAAUGGCAUUAUGCAAACAACUAUAACCGGCAAGAGAUUACAUGUUCCUGUGUGAUGAGUUUUACAGAUGCAACCCAGACAGGAAUGGCUUCUUUAUGGGAAAAUAUAGGGAAAGAAUCACUAUAACCAUUUUGAUCGUCUUUUUUUCGAUUUUAUGCUACCAAUAUUCCCCAAUCAAGCUAGUUACGACGAUUUGCCAGCAAAAAAGAGACCAAAAAAGCCUUCUUGUCAUCUAUAAUCUAUAAUUCCAAAUCGCUGCUGAUGACAGCGUUAACAAAAAUGUAAAAUGAGCGGAUCUGUUCCGAUCCGCUUCAAGCUGCUCGAUUCAAGCAGUUGGUCCAACGUUACUCUUUAUUUCAUUGACUUUGAUGACUUUACUUUGAUGCUUCAUUAGCUGCGCAUGUACUAACGCACACAAGUAUCUAAGAUGGAAACGAUAUGAAAAUGCUUAGUGUGGGAAAAUACGAACGGUUGAUGGUUUGCAACUUUCCCAAGCGCUAGACAGCAUAGACGGCGUUAUCUCUUAUUCAAGGGAGCAUUGAUGAAUUAUGUCGAACGGUGCAUGGUUCUGAACUACCGAGAAUCAGUUCUCUAUCGCAGGGGUUGGCAAAAAAUUGAA